AAAAAAAAAAAAAAAAACACCAGGCAGGCAGGGAGACGGUGGGGUGGAGUACAGGAAGCUGCUGUCCCCGAAUAUCUGAACAUGGGCGAAAUCUAAAUAACGCCAAACACAAACAGCUUCUUUUUUUUCUUCAUUUACGGGCGAGAGGCUGCGGAGAUUUGUGCUAUUUUUCGGGAUUGAAUUGGAGAUUUAACCGAACAGCGAGAAGAUGUCUCGGGGUGUGAUCCAGCCCAGCCAGCAGAAACUGGCAGAAAAACUCACCAUCCUCAACGACCGAGGCAUCGGGAUGUUGACCCGUGUUUACAAUAUCAAAAAGGCAUGUGGUGACCCCAAGGCUAAGCCCUCCUACCUUGUUGAUAAGAACUUGGAGUCUGCGGUUAAAUUUAUUGUCAGGAAGUUCCCCGCUGUGGAGACGCGGAAUAAUAACCUGGCUCAGCUGCAGAAGGAAAAGUCGGAGAUUCUGAAGAACCUGGCUCUCUACUAUUUUACCUUUGUAGAUGUCAUGGAAUUCAAGGACCAUGUCUGCGAGCUGCUGAACACUAUCGACGUAUGCCAGGUCUUCUUUGAUAUUACGGUGAACUUUGACCUGACCAAGAACUACCUGGACCUGGUGGUGACUUACACUACUCUGAUGACAAUACUGUCUCGCAUAGAGGAGAGGAAAGCCAUCAUAGGACUGUACAACUACGCCCACGAGAUGACGCAUGGAGCCAGUGACCGGGAGUACCCCAGGUUGGGCCAGAUGAUCGUGGAUUACGAGAACCCUUUGAAGAAGAUGAUGGAAGAGUUUGUUCCACACGGAAAGUCCCUGUCAGAUGCUUUGAUCAGUCUUCACAUGGUCUAUCCCAGGAGGAAUCUGUCCGCUGACCAGUGGAGGAACGCCCAGCUGCUCUCUCUCAUCUCUGCUCCCUCCACCAUGCUCAACCCUGCACAGUCAGACACUAUGCCAUGUGAAUACCUGUCACUGGAUACAAUGGAGAAGUGGAUUGUUUUUGGUUUUAUCCUGUGUCAUGCGGUGCUGAACAGCGACGCAGCAGCGUUAACUUUGUGGAAGCUGGCUCUGCAGAGCUCCACCUGCCUCUGUCUGUUCAGGGACGAAGUCUUCCACAUUCACAAGGCUGCAGAGGAUCUGUUUGUGAACAUCAGAGGGUACAACAAACGCAUUAAUGACAUCAGAGAGUGCAAGGAACAAGCUCUGUCUCAUGCAGGCUCGAUGCACAGAGAGAGACGCAAGUUUCUCCGAUCAGCUCUGAAGGAGUUGGCUACUGUCUUAGCUGAUCAGCCUGGACUCCUAGGCCCUAAGGCAUUAUUUGUGUUCAUGGCGUUGUCAUUUGCCCGUGAUGAGAUUAUCUGGCUGCUUCGACACGCAGACAACAUCCAGAAGAAAAGCACAGAUGACUUCAUAGACAAACAUAUAGCAGAGCUGAUCUUCUACAUGGAGGAGCUCCGAGCUCACGUCAGGAAGUACGGCCCUGUGAUGCAGCGAUACUAUGUCCAGUACCUGUCCGGUUUUGAUGCUGUGGUGCUGAAUGAACUGGUGCAGAACCUCUCUGUGUGUCCAGAGGACGAGUCUAUAAUCAUGUCUUCAUUUGUCAACACUAUGACCUCUCUCAGUGUCAAACAAGUGGAGGAUGGAGAGGUGUUUGACUUCAGAGGCAUGAGACUGGACUGGUUCAGACUGCAGGCCUACACCAGUGUCUCUAAAGCCAGUCUUGGUAUAGCUGAUCACAAGGAGCUCGGUAAAAUGAUGAACACCAUCAUCUUCCACACAAAAAUGGUGGACUCUCUGGUGGAGAUGCUGGUGGAGACAUCAGACCUGUCUAUUUUCUGCUUCUACAGCCGUGCGUUUGAAAAGAUGUUCCAGCAGUGUUUGGAGCUUCCCUCCCAGAGCCGACACUCCAUCUGCUUCCCUCUGCUCUGCACACACUUCAUGUCCUGUACACACGAGCUCUGUCCUGAGGAGCGUCACCACAUAGGGGAUCGAAGCCUGUCAUUGUGUAACAUGUUUCUGGAUGAGAUGGCCAAGCAGGCCAGAAACCUGAUCACUGACAUCUGCACUGAACAAUGUACACUCAGCGACCAGCUGCUUCCUAAGCACUGUGCGAAAACCAUCAGCCAGGCCGUGAACAAGAAGAGCAAGAAGGCGACGGGGAAGAAGGGAGAGCCGGAGAGAGAGAAACCAGGAGUGGAGAGCAUGAGGAAGAACAGACUACUGGUCACCAACCUGGAUAAGCUCCACACAGCAUUAUCUGAACUCUGCUUCUCCAUCAACUACGUUCCCAACCUGGCGGUCUGGGAGCACACAUUCACACCGAGAGAGUACCUCACCUCGCACCUGGAGAUCCGAUUUACCAAGUCCAUAGUGGGGAUGACCAUGUACAACCAGGCUACUCAGGAGAUAGCCAAGCCCAGCGAGCUGCUGACCAGCGUCCGGGCCUACAUGACAGUGCUUCAGUCCAUAGAAAACUACGUGACCAUCGACAUCACCCGGGUGUUCAACAACGUCCUCCUGCAGCAGACGCAGCACCUGGACAGCCACGGGGAACCCACCAUCACCAGUCUGUACACAAACUGGUAUCUGGAAACGUUGCUCCGUCAGGUCAGCAAUGGACACAUCGCCUACUUCCCCGCCAUGAAGGCCUUUGUCAACCUCCCCACAGAGAACGAACUGACUUUCAAUGCUGAGGAGUACUCUGACAUCUCUGAGAUGCGUUCUCUGUCUGAGCUGUUGGGUCCUUACGGGAUGAAGUUCCUCAGUGAGAGUCUGAUGUGGCACAUCUCAUCACAGGUUGCUGAGCUGAAGAAACUGGUGGUAGAAAACAUGGAGGUGUUGACCCAGAUGAGGACGAGCUUUGACAAACCAGACCACAUGGCCGCCCUCUUCAAGAAACUCACCUCUGUGGACAGUGUGUUGAAGAGAAUGACCAUCAUUGGAGUCAUCCUGUCCUUCCGCUCCCUGGCUCAGGAGGCUCUGAGAGAUGUGUUAUCCUGUCAUAUUCCGUUCCUGGUCAGUUCAGUAGAGGAUUUCAAGGACCACAUUCCAAGAGAGACAGACAUGAAGGUGGCCAUGAAUGUCUACGAGCUGUCGUCAGCAGCAGGUUUACCCUGUGAAAUCGACCCAGCUCUGGUAGUGGCUCUGUCCUCACAAAAAAGUGAGAACAUCAGCCCAGAGGAGGAAUAUAAGAUCGCCUGUCUGCUGAUGGUGUUUGUGGCAGUUUCCUUGCCAACGCUGGCUAGCAACGUGAUGUCACAGUACAGCCCUGCCAUUGAAGGCCACUGCAACAACAUCCACUGCCUGGCCAAAGCUAUCAACCAGAUCGCUGCUGCUCUCUUCACCAUCCACAAGGGGAGCAUAGAGGACCGCCUGAAAGAGUUUCUGGCUCUGGCCUCAUCCAGCCUUUUGAAGAUCGGCCAGGAGACGGAUAAGAUGACGACGCGUAACAGAGAAUCUGUCUACUUGCUGCUGGACAUGAUUGUGCAGGAGUCUCCCUUCCUGACCAUGGACCUGCUGGAGUCCUGCUUCCCCUACGUCCUGCUGCGAAACGCCUACCACGCUGUCUAUAAACAGAGCAUCAGUGCUAACGCAUAGACACACACUAAACACACAGCGAAGGCCUACCAUACUGUCUGCCAUCAGAGCACCAGCGCUCGUAUAUAGACGCAUACACAUUCAAGAACAAAAAUAUAAAUAUAUAGUAUAUAUAUAGUUGACACUAAAAUAUUAUUUUCUUUUGUUCUUUUCUUCCGAUGAAAGAUUUGAGAUUUUUAGUGGCCAGCUGACAACUUCUAUGUGGUGAUGGAUUUGGAUG